AUGCCAAUAAAAUCUUGGAAAAAUUUGAAUUUUUUGCUUUCAUCAAAAUCACCAAUUUCAUACUUGCACAACUCAACUGCUGAAAAUCUACCUGAAUAUUUUGCUUCUUGUUUGGAAAUCUGUCCAGAUAUCAGUUUUCUAAAGAAACUGCAUGCUUGCGUGAUCACACAUGGCCUCGAACGCAACAUAUUUCUGGGCUCGAAGCUUUUCAAUUUACUUGCAAAGUUUAAUCUUUUGGCAGAAUCUAAAUGGGUUUUCAACACCAUCAUCAACAGCAACCUUUCUCUCUGGAAUUCAAUUGUUGUUGGGUAUUUCAGAGCCGAUCAUUACACUGAAGUAUUAGGGGUUUACUUGAAAUUGAGGCGGAAAGGAAUUGGAAUUCACAGUUCGGCGAUCACUUUCGCGCUAAAAAGUUGCGGUGAGUUGGGGGCUUCUACAUUUGGCAGGAAUCUUCACGCCGAAGCCGUUAGAAUCGGGUUCAGUUCGGAUCGAUUUGUGGGUUCGUCGUUGAUUGAAUUCUAUACUAAAUGCGAUAGAAUUGGGGAAGCAGCUAAGGUGUUUGAUGAAAUAGCUGAUAGAGAUGUGGUUGCUUAUACUUCUUUGAUAACAGCAUACUGUAAAGCUGGAGAUCAUCGCGCUAAAGAGGCGUUCCGUGUUGCAGCUGAGAUGCAGAUGAAUGGAUUCGAGCCUAACAGAGUGACGUUGGUGAGCUUGCUGCGUUGCGCAUCUCAGUUGCGAGCUCUCGAUGAUGGAAGAUCGAUUCAUGGGUAUGCACUUAGAAGAGGAGUUGGACUUGGUUGUGCAGAUGAAGUUUUUGAAACGAGCUUGAUUGAUACAUAUGUGAAAUGCGGUGAUCCAAACGCUGGCGCCAUUGUUUUCGACAAGAUGAGCAGGAAGACUACUGGUUCAAGAAAUGCGCUGAUGGCUGGUUAUCUGAAGUUGGGAGAGCCGUUGGAAGCUUUCGCCAUUUUUGUAGAAAUGGCUGGUGAAUCCGAGCUGGAUUUGAUUGCUUUUGCAAAUGGACUAUUGAGUAGUGCUGAUUUGGGAUAUUUGCUUAUAGGAAAGGCUAUACAUUGUCACAUAAUUCGAGAGGGGGUUGUUCUUGAUGUUGUUGGUGAAACAGCUUUGAUUGAUAUGUAUUCCAAAUGCAAGAACUUAUCUGCAGCAGUAAAUGUUUUUUCCAGAUCAGAAGCUAAGGAUGCAGCUAUGUUGAAUGUGAUGAUAUCUGGCUAUCUUCACAAUGGAUGUGUGUACAGAGCCAUUGAGAUGUUUCGUGGGAUUACCGGCAUCCCAGAUACGCCGGUAGCGCGGGUGGAAACACCCGUUCCGACCCGAGGAGGUGGCGGCAGCCGGGGCUCUGGUGGCGGUAGGGGCAGAGGCGGCAGUCGUGGCACCGGCAACGUCGGUGGACACUCGGGCAGCUCCUCCGGCAUUGCGAGUAGCGAGGGCAGUGGCCCCGGCGGUAGCGGUGAUCAGCCCGAGGGGUCCAGCCGCGGCAAGCCAUACAGCAAAGACGAGAGCAUUGCCGUGGCGAAGGCGUGA